UUGUCUCUCCUCUCCGUCUUUUCUGACCCUCUCUGUGCGGUCCCCACCGCCAAAACCCAACUCCGGACCCUAUGGCACCUUCACAGACCUCUCCAAUUAUGUCGGGUCCAUGGAAUCUACGGCCACCAUUUCCCUCCGUAUGCGAUACGUAUGAUAGCUUAGACAUUGUACAACGUAACUAGAGAGGAAAAAGGUUAAAAAAAUCUAUCAAUCUUUCUACCGUACCUCUAUUCAUCGAUUGGUAAAGCUGAUGGUCAAAUAUCCUUCAAAGUCUCGGUGAUUUUGUCAUCAUCACUCGUGUCUUUUACGGAAGGUGGGAUUUGACUUUGAAGCCAAAAGGGUUUGUUGAGUUUGGCCGUGAUGAGCAAAUUCUGAUGUCUGGGAGGUCUGUGUUUGGAUGGGCUAUGAUGGGUUUCGACUUCGAGGGAUUUUGCUUCUGAUGAAGAUGAAAUUAGGUUUAGGGGCUGUCUCAUCCAUGAUCGGUCUUCAAGGAUUUCAAUGGUUCUUUGAUUUUCAUGAAGGAAAGAUUUGAUUUUUAGUAGCCAAUUUGUCAAUGGUAGUUGAUGGGUUUUAGGAAAUUUGGUUUCUGGAGCUUCGAAAUUCAUAUAGUAUUGUUUGAGAUUGUCCAUUCUGCUCAGCCAGAGGAGGAGAAGAAGAUUACGGAGGUUUGUGGGUGUAAGGUCUUCUAGAGUUUCAACGAAUUACCACGACGGAAAAAUGGAAGAAGAAGUUAAUUCCUGGAUUAGGAGAACAAAGUUCUCUCAUACAGUUUGUCAUCGGUUGGACUCUUCAAGAUUGACGUCUAUUCCAUUUUCAGUACAGCCUGACCGAUAUUCAGGAUUGAAAUCAAGGCCCAGAACGACUGCAACUAAUGAGAAAUCGAUUCCCAGUAAUUCGAAGAUACAGCGGAAUCCUAUUAUAAACAAGCAGAGAUCGUUGUCCCCUUUACCUGAAACCGUGCUCUCUGAUGAGUUUAAGGAAGCAAGGUCUGAGCGAAAGAGAUUCAUCACUCCGUUUCCCAGGAGAAGGGAAUCGGAAAGGGGAUUUAUGAAUAAGGAUUCCAAUUCGCCAUCUCGGUCGAAUACUAGUCCGCUUAGGCACUUAGCCUCGCUGAAAGUUAAUGAAAAGUCAAAGUACCGGAAGGAGUUGAUGUGGGCAAGGUAUUUUGAUCACGGUGGAGGGAGGGUUAAUGCUGUGGAAACAGCAGAUGAAUGGAGUGUUGAUCUGUCUAAGCUGUUUCUGGGUCUGAAGUUUGCCCACGGGGCUCAUAGUCGGCUUUACCAUGGGAUAUACAAAGACGAACCUGUUGCAGUUAAAAUUAUUCGGGUGCCUGAUGAUGACGAAAAUGGAGCCUUGGGGGCUCGAUUAGAGAAGCAAUUUAAUAGGGAAGUCACUCUUCUAUCUCGUCUCUACCAUCAAAAUGUCAUAAAGUUUGUAGCAGCAUGCAGAAAGCCACCAGUUUAUUGUGUCAUCACAGAAUAUCUAUCAGAAGGUUCCUUGAGGGCAUAUUUACAUAAGCUUGAGCAUAAAUCACUUCCUUUACACAAACUAAUCGCAAUUGCUCUGGAUAUUGCUCGUGGAAUGGAAUACAUUCAUUCUCAAGGCGUAAUUCACCGAGAUCUUAAACCAGAAAAUGUCCUUAUUGACCAAGACUUCCGCGUGAAAAUUGCUGAUUUUGGUAUAGCUUGUGAGGAGGUGUACUGUGAUUCUUUAGCUGAUGACCCUGGGACUUAUCGCUGGAUGGCACCCGAGAUGAUUAAACAUAAAGCCUACGGGCGAAGGGUUGAUGUGUACAGUUUUGGGCUCAUCCUGUGGGAAAUGGUGGCUGGAACGAUCCCCUAUGAGGACAUGAAUCCCGUACAGGCUGCUUUUGCAGUAGUAAUUAAGAACUUGAGACCUGUUAUCCCAGGGGACUGUCCACCUGCCAUGCGAGCUUUAAUUGAGCAAUGCUGGUCCUUGCAACCAGAGAAAAGGCCGGAUUUUUGGCAGGUUGUGAAGGUAUUGGAGCAGUUUGAGUCUUCACUUGCCCAUGAUGGAACCCUAAAUCUGGUACAAAACCCUACUUGCCAAGAUCAUAAGAAAGGGCUUCUUCAUUGGAUCCAAAAGCUUGGUCCCGUGCAUCCUAAUAGUUCAUCAAUGCCUAAACCUAAAUUCACAUGAAUCUUUCAUAGGACCUGGCUUUUGUAGCUGAAUAGGUCAUUGUAAUUAAAAGAGGGUUUGUUUUCUAAGCCUCUCUUAUUGUGUUAUUCUACAUUCAUGCGAAGCUGAACGAAUCGAUUAGUAGGCAUGCAUUGGCGUGAAAAUGUCUUUUUUUUACACUAAAUUUGAAACGGAUGACAAUCAA